GCCGCAGAAGAUCAGGACGAACAGCUCGCUGCCGGCCCAGACGAUCAGGUUGUACGUGUUCCAGGUGAUGUCGGCAUGGGCACCAAGCGAUGGCAGGAACGUGGUCUUGACGAUGCCGCAUAUGGCGGCGAGGAUGCCGAGGCUGAGGAUGAUGCACAGGUUCACUCGCCGUUUCAAGUCCAUGUUCAGGUUGUAGACCAGGCUGGCGGGGACGAAGGCGAGCACGGCGUCGGUGAAGAUAUUGAGCGCUGGGCACUUGAUGAUGGUGGCGAUCCAGGUGAGCGUCAGGGUCACGAUGAUCAGCCACUUGCGCCAGUUCGACUGGUCGACGGCCGAGACGGAGCCGACGAUGCGCAUCACCAGCAGGGCGACGGAGAGCUUGGCGGGGGCGUACGAGAAGGUGGUGACGAACUGGAUGAUGUAGUUGAUAUAGGUGAUCUCCUCCGUGUUGGCGCCCGUCGUCGCCAGGUAGUAGACAUGACGGAAUCCUCCGAGCAGGGCAUAGUCGGUGACGAGGGCGCACCAGAGGAUGAAGAUGCCCUUGUGACUGGUGAACAGCAUCGUCCAGUCAUCCCAACCAGUGCCCCGGAUGAGACGACGGGCCCAGAAGCGCAACCCGACGGCGACAAUGGCGAGGGCGCAUUCCGCCCAGGCCACUGCGAUGACGGCCGGACCCCGGUUGACGUCUCCGUCCGUGGGUUUGGGGAUCGCUUCAGCCAUGGUGACGACAGUGCUAUACGUUGUUCACCUCCGUCGACCACCGUCCAGCGAGGUUGA